CUGUGUGAACGCCCCCCAGAACGCGGGUCAUUCAUUGAGCCACUGAAGGGUGUCCAUCCGUCCUCUUACAGUACGUAACCAUGACAACAGCCCCGGAUGGUGGAGCGCGAGGGUAGCCAGGUGUUGGGUUGCGCAGAGGAAGAGACACCUACGCGAUCGCUCCGUACUUUCCCAUGUAUCCUGCCUUCAUCUUCUGCACGCGAGGAUCUCUGUCGGGAACCACCAUGGUGCAUCACUCUGGAUCCAUACAGUCCUUCAAGCAGCAGAAGGGUAUGCACACCAGUAUCAGUGAGAUUUUGAAGGCGAAAACGCUAAAAUCGUCUCGCCGCAGUUUGCCGUGUCUGGCUCAGAGUCAGACACAUCCUCAGAACCUCAAUCACUUCCUCUCUGUGCCUCUGAGUCCUGAACCCAAAACAUACAGUCACAGCGUCAGUGCCUCCUGCACACAUAUCACACCUCCUCCCACAGACACUAGUCAGGAUGUCUACAUGGAAGAGAGGGAGGUGGCGGAGGUUGAGCCUAAAACGGAUGAAACGUUCCUCGUCCAGCAAAAGCCUGUGUCCAGAGCAAAGCUAGAGGCCCGCACAGACUCCAUACAGGGGAACAAUCUAGAAAACCCCUCAGGAUUGAUGUUUAGAGAUGGGAAGAAGCGCAUUGACUAUAUAUUAGUCUAUAAGAAAUCCAGCCCUCAGGUGGAGAAGAGGUGCACGUUUGAGAGGAACCUGCGGGCGGAAGGGCUAAUGCUGGAGAAGGAGCCCUCAUUAACAAACAGUGAUAUCCUGUUUGUGAAGAUUCAUGCGCCGUGGGACACGCUGUGUAAAUAUGCUGAGCAGAUGAACAUUAGAAUGCCCUUCAGGAAAAAGUGUUACUUCACAGAUUGGAAGAAAAAAACUAUGGGCGGUCGAUUUCAGUUGAGAUUUCGUCAGCUGAAGAGCUGGCUGCCCAGAAACCCCAUGAAACUGGAUAAAGAGGCAUUACCAGACCUGGAGGAAACCGACUGCUACACCGCCCCCUUCAGCAGGGCCAGAAUGCACCAUUUUACCAUCAACAACAGAGAGACGUUUUUCUCAAACUCAACCAGAAGCAGGAUAGUACAUCAUGUACUGCAGCGCACAAAGUACGAGGACGGGAAGUCUAAGAUGGGUAUUAAUCGGUUACUUGGCAACAGCACAUAUGAAGCAGCGUUUCCUCCACAUGAGGGAAGUUAUAAAAGCAGACAUCCGAUUAAAACCCAUGGGGCUCAAAACCACAGACACCUUCUGUACGAGAGAUGGGCGCGCUGGGGGAUCUGGUACAAAUACCAACCUCUAGACCUCAUACGGCGGUACUUUGGGGAGAAGAUUGGGCUGUAUUUCGCCUGGUUGGGCUGGUAUACAGGUAUGCUGAUCCCUGCUGCUUUAGUCGGCCUCUUCGUCUUCCUCUAUGGGCUUUUCACCAUGGACUCCAGCCAAGUAAGUAAAGAGAUAUGUGAGGCCAACACCACCAUCAUGUGCCCGAUGUGUGAAGGCAACUGCAGCUCUUGGACGCUGAGUGACAGCUGUGUCUAUGCAAAGGUGACCUAUCUUUUUGAUAAUGGAGGCACAGUCUUCUUUGCUAUCUUCAUGGCUAUAUGGGCCACAGUAUUCCUUGAGUUCUGGAAGAGGAGAAGGGCGGAGCUAACAUACGACUGGGAUUUGAUUGACUGGGAGGAAGAAGAGUAUAAAUCCUGUGUCAUGGUGUGUUCUGAGGAACUACGGCCCCAGUUUGAAGCCAAAUACUCCCGGAAGGAGAGAGUAAACCCCAUCUCAGGGAAACCAGAGCCCUUCCAGCCCUUCACAGACAAACUCAGCCGACUCAUGGUGUCUGUUUCGGGAAUCUUCUUCAUGAUCUCUCUGGUCCUGACAGCCGUGUUCGCCGUGGUGGUGUUCCGGCUCAUUGCCAUGGAGAAGUUUGCUUCCUUCCAGUGGGAGUUUGUGAAGAAGAACUGGCAAUUCGCCACAUCAGGCACUGGAGUCUGCAUCAACUUCAUGAUCAUCAUGUCUCUGAAUGUGGUCUAUGAGAAAGUGGCCUACCUACUUACAAACCUGGAGCAUCCACGGACAGAGUCAGAAUGGGAAAACAGCUUUGCCCUCAAAAUGUUCCUCUUCCAGUUUGUCAAUCUCAACAGCUCGACCUUCUACAUCGCUUUCUUUUUAGGAAGGUUUGCUGGCAGGCCGGGUGACUAUAAUAAGCUGUUUCACCGGUGGAGGAUGGAGGAGUGUCAUCCCAGUGGUUGUCUGAUUGACUUGUGCCUACAGAUGGGAGUGAUUAUGGUGUUGAAACAGAUCUGGAAUAACUUCAUGGAGCUGGGCUACCCGCUGCUGCAGAACUGGUGGUCCCGGCGUAAGAUGAAACGAGCAGGAGAGCAGAAUAAGAGUAAAGAAGAGCUGCCGCAGUGGGAUAGAGACUGGAACCUGCAGCCCAUGAACGCACACGGCCUGGUGGACGAGUAUCUGGAGAUGGUUCUACAGUUUGGUUUCACUACAAUCUUUGUGGCGGCAUUUCCUCUGGCUCCUCUGCUUGCUCUGCUCAACAACAUCAUCGAGAUCCGAUUAGACGCCUACAAGUUUGUCACGCAGUGGAGGAGACCGAUGCCUGCUCGCGCUACUGACAUCGGUAUCUGGCAUGGUAUCCUGGAGGGAAUUGGAGUCGUGGCUGUCAUAACAAAUGCCUUCGUCAUUGCCAUCACUUCGGAUUACAUCCCUCGCUUUGUCUAUGCUUUCAAAUAUGGGCCCUGUGUGGACAAGGGUUACCGACAUGAGAAAUGUCUAAGAGGAUACUUGAACAACAGCCUGUCUGUUUUUGAUAUGGGUGAAUUGAAAAAUGGGAGUUAUCAUCCUCGGUACUGCAGGUAUCGGGAUUACAGAGCGCCUCCAUGGAGUCCUGAACCCUAUGAUUUCACCCUGCAGUUCUGGCAUGUUUUGGCUGCCAGAUUAGCCUUCAUCAUAGUAUUUGAGCACCUGGUGUUUGGCAUUAAGACCUUCAUAGCCCAUAUGAUUCCAGACAUGCCCAAAGACCUGUGUGAUCGCAUGCGCAGGGAGAAAUACCUGAUGCAGGAGAUGAUGUAUGAGACGGAACUGGAGCACCUGCAGAAAGAGCGGAAAAAGAAUGGCAAACGUUAUCACCAUGAGUGGCCUUAGCCAUGCCUGUCCAUAAAUACACAAAAAAUGCCCACUGGAGAACCUCAUACACUACCCACAAAAGCACAUAAAGACUUGAGAGCGGCGAACAAGCGUCCUUGCAACAUGCAAACCCGCAGCACAUAUGUGAAUAUGGACAUUCAUGUACAACCGUUCUGCUACCUUGGAUAGCUAGCUUUAUUGACUCCAUGCAUGGGCUGCCCACUUUUCAUUGCUGUGACAAACCAGGGAGCGGUUUCAGCGUUUGGGGUCAAAACCUGAUCUCCGGGUGGCCCUUUAGAGCCAGGAGUUGGCAGUUGUACUCUGCACCAAAGAGGUUCUUCUCAAUCACAUGAUCCCUACCUGAGACCUCCGAUUAUCCUAUAUUUUCAUACUGCUGAGUAGUUCUAAAUCUUUAGUGAUUGGCUACUUAAAGUUUUGGCUCAUUAGCUAAAAGUAGCUAUGAAAGCAGUCUGGCAAAAUUAUGGAUUGGGAUAAGGAAGUUUGAGAACCACUAUACUAAAGAAAGUCAUGACUGGGCGUUUUGUCGAUAGAAAUGUGUCUUGAGGGUAUGGAAUGAAUGAGAUUAGUUUGAAAUCAAGCGGAAAUUAAAUAAAUUGGAUUUCCGAAAGCACAACUGCCUUCUUAAUAGUCAACAAAUGUGUGUGCCAGAGUACGCUGCAGAGCAUGAAGGAGUUUCACUUCCGCAAACCACCGCUUUGUCCAUGUGAAGCAUCAUCAACACUGAGAUCAAUGGAUUACAGUGUUUUCUGACACACUGUAAACUCCAGUAUGUAGGUGGGAAAUAUCAUUCAUUGAACACGCAUCCUUCCCAGCAUGGCCUGCAGUGGCGCUGCUCUUUCAUCUGUGUUCUGUAGUAGUUCUGAAUGGAGCACUUGUGCGGUUGGACUGUUUACUAUGCAGAUGAAGGGCUUUUGGAGUUCCUGUUUUCUGCUUGCCUACUUGUCUGCGUCUCUGUGCGUGGCAGCUAUCAUCCCGCUGUGAAGCAGUUCUCUACCUGGUGACCAGGCAACGUGAAGACGUUUACUUACGAACAUAUUUACCGAUACGCCCUCUCUCUUCGCUUGCCAGCAUCUCACAUUGUGAUUCUUGUUACAAAAGUGGUUUCUGGUAAAGGUUACCAAAUAAAAAUCAGUUUGUUUAUGCAAAUGAACAGUUUUUAUGUACUGCAUCGCCUUGAAAAGAUAUGCAGAUCUGUCUUUCAGUACAAUAAGUCAUUUUGUGUAGGCAAAAUAAAUAAAACAAAUAGCCAAUAUUGGCAAAAUGGUGAUAUACUGUAAGUAACAUGCAUGAUUUUUUUUAAUUGCAUGUUGUUUCUUUGUUUUUCAUUAUUUUAUAAGACUAUGUCCUUUGUUCAUAUGCCUGGUUUUGUAGCGUGUGUGAGCUGAAUUGAUGUGUGAGUGUGGCUGCGUUUGUUGCUCAGCUGUCAUGAGUUUUGUGUUGCCAUCGGCCUAUGCGCAAGACAGUGGCUAUCUUUCGAACAACAUACUAGCAUCUCUGCAAUAUAUAGUAUGUAUGCUGUGAAUUUUCUGUAUGUGUAAAACACCCGAAUGAAUUACUACGUUUGCAAAAGUAUUAAGCAUACAACCCGAGUGAGCUGUGUGGAAUGCAGUAUCCCACAUUGCAAUGCUUUUGACUUAACCUACAGUACAAUAGAUUGAUGCAGUGAUGAAAUACUUUUGUUCAGAAUAAUAGAACUGGAAGUGCUAAAAUACUCCUUUCCAGGCUUUGGCCUACAGAAAUACGCCAUCCCCGUAGCACUCUAUUUCCAGUGUGAUUAAUGUACUAGAAAAAUGAAAAACCCUUCUUGAUUCAUUAUUUGAUUGGAACACCAAAAAUUGAUUAUGAAAAUGCGUAUUUACUGUUUUUAUUUUCAUUCACUCCCGAAUCAAUAAGGUAUGUAGCAACAAUGUAGCAUACUACUGUUUGAAGCAUUUAUUGUUGCAUAAUGGAUGCUGUUUGACAUACUAAAAUAGUAUGCAGUAUACAUAAACUGUGCAGUAUGAAGUAAGCAGUAAGCUAGUGUUCCACUCCAAACAUAGUCAACUACUGUAAAAUAUAAACAUCACAGCAUAUGAAUCUAUCCACCAUUAUCCAUACAGUUCAAGCUUAAACAGAUGUGAUGAUAGAAUUACCAUUGGGACAGUGGACAUGGAAGACAAAUUCUGUUAUUUUACAUU